AUGGCCCCGGUCACGCUGACGGUGAUGGAAGCAGAGACGGAGACGGAGGCUACUCCCCUCAUCGGAGUCGUGCCAGCGCAGGAUGCCAAGGCCCCCCGCGCCGCCGCGUCCGUGGAGUUCGGCUUCCUCCUCACCCCGGCCGGGAACGAGGCGUUGGACCGCCUUGUAAUUCCUCCCCCGCCGCCACCAGCCAAGCAGUCGUUGCUCUCGCGCCUCGCGCGGCUGUGGCGCCGGUGCUUCUCCCGGUUCGAUCCCUGCUCCAUCCCCGUCGGUCAGGCGCUGACUGAGGAACAGAUGGAGAUGGUUCUACGACAUAGACGGCCGGGCUACUUCAAGCGAUUAGCUAUGGAUCGCGAGGUUACCAUGGAUUGCCUGCACUACUACAACCUUAAGCAUCCGGGCAAUAAGUAUGAGCCUGCUCCAGGCAAGGUGUACCGGAAUGCCCAUUUUCACAAUGGCGUUUGCUGGACUCAUGGGAACUUUGUAGCUCGUAAGAAGCGCUCUGGUUGGUUCUCAUUCCUCCCUGCUCCAAGGACUCUCUUUUUCUUCGAGCUUGCUCAUACAAAUGAUUUCGAUGAUGUCGUCACAUGCACCCCCUUAGAUGAACCAGUUACUGAAUCCUACAGUGUCUUGGGUUUCCCUCUUGGGUUCUCUACUCGUCGUAGUGGCAAAUUGGAUUCCUUUUGCAAGACGUGCUACAAGCGCUUUGAUGUUCCACAUCCUGGCAUACAGAAGAUAUUUGCGUGUGGACAUCAGCAUGUGCAGAAAGUCUGUGAAAUGUGCUAUCUUCGCUCCCGUGUGCUGCAUCCGCGCCCAGGAGAUUUUGCGUUUGGCUAUCGCGAUCCUUACCGCCCCUACCCUACUAAGCACUGA